GGCAUCGACGACGCAGCUUCCAUGAUCUUCGGCGCUUUCAGCCUAGAAGUGUUCGUGGUCAAGGUCACCAUGUCUGGCAAGUCGAUGAAAGGCAUUCGUAAACUGGAACGACCUCGUCCGCUUCACCUAAAUUCAGAUCAGGAGAAAGGUUCAACAGGCACUCUCAGCCCCACUGACAACGCACCGCUACGAAACGGUACAACGGACGAGGAGAUACUGAGCGAGCUGGAAGGACUUCAUAUAUCUGUGAACAAUGGCAACCUGGACAAGACAACUUUGUCUCAGAUUGUUCAUGUCUGCAAUCUCCUCAAGUUAAAAGGAGCCCUUAUUGAAUCGUCAUUCAAAGAACAACUGGACUGUUAUUUUGUCACCCUGCGCAAUGCCUCUCGGGAUGAAAGGCUUGAUGUGAUGGAUCGUCUGAGGCUGCUGGAAGUAAUUGAGUUACGUGCAAUGGGCUGGAAGUUCAACGAGAAUCUCGAAGAAUACUACAAGCGCAAGUACAUAGAACUUGAGAUUUCCCAGAGUUACGACUUUACCCCACUCGCAAACUCGUCGUCAACUCAGCUGGCCUAUGCAACUCGGCCUUUGCAGCAGGCGUCCCUUUCUGUCUCAGCAUCACCGCCGCUUUCUCUCCAGCCCACCCAAGUGCUCAAAAGUUCGGUGAAGUUUGGAAAACCUGCCAAAAUUUCCGGUCGUAACUUUCUGAAAGAUGAAAUUGUCAUUAGAAACUCUGACUCUGGAAAAGUCAGUCCUGGUGUGAGGGACAGGCUUGUGCAAAUCACUGGAGCCAAUGAAAACAAUAUUUUGAGGGCCAAAGAUCUGAUUGAAAAUACCAUCCGCAGAAAUGCCUCUCCCAUCAGGGAUGUGUGUGACGAGGGCUCUCCAAACUAUGGGAUGGUGGUUGCAAAGGAAAAUCAGACCAGCUCUGGCCCGAAGCCCUCCCUUGUGCACAGCUAUAGUAUGGGCGACGCCAGUAUGAGGGAAUACACGAGGGAUGUGAGCGUCGGGAGGGACACAAUUCAUAUCAACGGUCACAAGGAAAUCCUAGUCGAGACUGCUAAACUAGUCUUGGAAAAGUACUUCGGCGGGCAAUGUGACUAUGCAAACAAGGUCACGGUGGAUAUUCUGUCGCCACCGAACCGGAGCUCCUGCGUGUCUCCUGAGCCGGGGUUCCUUUCCAACAGCCGAAGUGUGUCUGACUUGGGCAGUGCUACGUCCUGGCAUGGGUUAGCUUCGAGGAGGCGCAGUGGUCCUGCCAGUAGUCAAGCCAGUAGUUCCAGCGAUGAAGAGACAUUCAAGGAUGACAGUGGUGAUCUGGAUUCAUCGGACAAGGGUGUGGCACCUUCCCCGAAGCAUGUUGUGAAGUCCACCAGCAUUGCAAAAAGACUUCCAGCACAGAUGAAAUCUGUUGCAGAGCCUCCUCCAGUAUCCAGGCAGUCUAAGGUUCCCAGCUACAUGCCGGACAUGGCUCCCAAGGUUGACCAUACGGAAGUGCCUGCUGCUGCUUCUGUGACGGCUGCUGACCCGCCAUCGUCGUCUCCUGCCAAAAAGAACUAUUCUCGAGAUUUCCUUCUCGGCUGUGCUCGCUCGCCAUAUGCCACUGAAGUGCCUCCUGAUUUUCCUUCUCUGGAUCCCAACGUUGCAAACCUAAUGGUCAAGCAGAAAGUAACAAAUGCCCAUCGUUGAGUUGAGACAUUUCAUGUGCGAGGUCACCAUGCUCUGCCGUUGAUUGAAACAAGCAAUCGCUCAACUAAUGUCAAGGAGGCCAAAUGUGAACAAACUUACGUAUGUUAGCUAAUCACCAAAAGAAUGUUGUCUGACAUUUUUGCUCCUUUUAUCUAUGUCACAACAGAUCGUCAGUGCUUACAUCUUGUGCGUGUGGUGUGGUUAAGAAGGGAAACGGCAUUGAAUUCCUUGUCCCUCUGAUCACAUGCAUAUACACAAUUACUCAAGGCACUUCUCAAGAAAAACAAUAUCAAUGCAUAGCCUUUAUUCCUAUUCCUUUAGAACAGCUAGUGAAAGAAGAAAAAACUCAUGCUGUUUGCAUUUAUGUCAACAUUAUAGCUUGUUUGUCCAACUUUGCCAUGAAUAUCAUUUUAUAAUAGGAAACAAGCCUAAUGUUUGAGGCUGAAAUGAUUUGCCUGUUGGUGCUUCCAAGAUGUUUCAUAAAAUUGAAUAAUGUAUAAAACUGCAUUGAAAAAAAAAAAAAAUAGGUCAUCUUUCAGAUUGACCUGUAUUUUGUUACUUGUGUGUUCUAGAGUUUCUUGUGUGUGUGGUGCAUGCCUCCUCAUUUGAGACUGUACCUUUGACACAGCGCUAUGUCAGAUGUCCUAGUCGAAGAGUGCGCACAUUGCGAAACAGGUGUGUUCUAUUGGAUGUUGUUUAAAUAAAAUGUGUGCGAUUGAUUUCAUGUCGGGCAGGUGUGUGCCUUAUUUUAUAGCUCAUCAGUAACUGAAGGCAAAGCAAUUUUUGCGGGACCAGAGCCUUCUCGUAAGACUGCAUUCUCACUUAGAAAGUUUACAACAUAGAGUAAGCCCUAAAAACCGGCAACUGGCUGUAGCUCAGUCGAAAUUUCUUCGAACGGGCAUUUUACUGCAAUAUUUUAGUGCAUUGUAAAGCUUUUGACUGUGGCCAUUUAAUCGAAUAAAUGAGGUUAGACAGUGGGUGGGAAUCUGUUCAUGUUCGUUGCCCCUGUGGUCGCCCAACUUCCUCAUUACCCACCAAACUGGCUUGUUGC